AUGCCCUCUGAAUUGUACGACAUCAAAGCUUCCUCCGUUGACGAGUUGAUUAACAGACUAAUUACCAAUUUGGUCAAUAUCAAAGACCACACCGGCCAGUUUUUAAUGACUAUUCCUGAUGGGAGAGUUAUUGACACCAAGGGUUGGAUCACUGGUUGGGAAUGGACACACGGUAUUGGCUUGUAUGGCAUGUGGCAUUACUACCAACAAACUGAUAACAAGGCGAUCUUGAAGCAUAUUGAAGAUUGGUUCCAGGCCCAAAUGUUUGGUCCUGACGGAUCUACUUCUAAAAAUAUUAAUACCAUUGCUGUAUUCCUAUCGUUAGCCUACGUCUACGAGAAACACGGUAAUGAAAAGUAUAAGCCAUACUUGGACUCUUGGGCUGAAUGGGCUAUGUACGAUUUACCACGUACCGAAUGUGGAGGAAUGCAACAUGCCACCUAUCUGACUGACAAUUACCAGCAAAUGUGGGACGAUACUUUGAUGAUGACUGUCAUGCCAUUGGCCAAGAUUGGUCUUUUGUUCAACAGACCUCAUUACGUGGAGGAAGCCAAAAAGCAAAUGCUUUUGCAUGUCAAAUAUCUAGCUGACACCAAGACAGGCCUUUGGUUCCAUGGUUAUACUUUUGAAGGAAAUCAUAAUUUUGCGAAUGCCCUAUGGGCUCGUGGUAACUCAUGGAUCACCAUUGUUAUACCAGAAUUUAUUGAGCUUCUGAAUCUUCAACCGGGUGAUUUCUUGAGGGAAUUCCUACUAGAGACUCUUAACAGACAGGUUUCCAAAUUGGCUGAGCUUCAGGACAAUUCAGGAUUAUGGCACACGCUGUUAGAUGACCCAUCGUCUUACUUGGAAAGUUCUGCAAGUGCUGGUUUUGCUUAUGGAAUUUUGAAAUCUGUGAGAAAAAGAUAUAUUGAUGCUAAAUACAGAGACGUUGGCGUAAAGGCUAUCAAGGGAGUUAUCAGCCAAAUCGAUAGUGACGGUGAAUUAUUAAACACCUCCUUUGGUACUGGUAUGGGAGAUGACUUGCAAUUUUACAAGGAUAUCCCAUUGACUUCUAUGCCUUACGGACAGGCGUUAGGAAUGAUUGCUUUGGUGGAAUACUCCAAGUUGUACCUUUGA